AGAAACCACAAAUUUUCCUGCUCUAGGUGUUUUCUGGAUAAUGGCGAAGAUGGUGAGAAGAACAUGUGCGUUUUGUUCAGAAGGGGAGGCUGGUUCUGUAAUGUAUAUUGCCAAAGAGCGAAAUAUUGCAGCUCAUCAGGAUUGUCUGUUAUUUUCCUCAGGAUUUGUGGAAUCUGAAGAGUAUAACCCAGAUAAUCUGGAUAUAAGGUUUGAUGUGGCAUCAGUGUUGAAAGAACUCAAGAGAGGAAAGCGGCUGGUGUGCAACUUCUGUCGCAAGAAAGGAGCCACUGUGGGCUGCGAGGAAAGAGCAUGUCGCAGAAGUUAUCACUACUUCUGUGCACUCUGCGAUGAUGCAGCAAUAGAAACAGAUGAAGUAAAUGGAGUCUACCGAGUGUUCUGCCCAAAACAUGACCCAGGCAAUAGGACCAAUCACUAUGAUGCAGCUAAUAAGAGGAGAAGACACGCAUUGAAAUCUUCCACCAUCACGGAACAAAUGAGCACAGAAGAGACAGCAGAAGAAAACAGUUUACGAAUACUAAAAAGAAAAAACAACAGGCAUAAAGUCCGAAUAGACUUUCUUAGGAAAUGUAAGCAAGCUGGGCUUCUGGAUGACAUAUUUGAAGAAAUGCUGGACACACUUCACCUGGCGCAGGAAAAACUGAUGGAUGACAACACUUCAGAAACAGAGUAUGAAGAGACAGUGAUGUCACUCUUUGACUGUGGACUGUUUGAAAAUAUACUGACAAAUAUUCAUUCAGGAACAGAGGAAAAAAUCCAGGAACUUCUGGAAAGCAGGAAAAGACUGGAUACCAAGAUUGAGCUACUGCAGGACUUAAAAGAAGUUGUCCUUCCUACCCAAGAGAACAUGGCUAGUACAUCUAGUACAGUGUCAGAAUAACCCCUAAGUCUGUCUGUAAUGGUGUCAAUAUUUAGGAUUUUCUAAUGAUAGCAACUAUAGAGCACGUCUGGUCAGUGUCUUAUGUAAUUCCUCCCUUCCCCCCCAAGAUAAGGACACGGGCAAGAAGUGGGUGUUUUACUCAUUUUUAUACCUCACUGUUGCAAUAAUUUUAAGUUGUCCCUUUCUUUAAAUUUUACCAAAUUUAGCUUUUUUUAAAGCUCAACAUAAAUGCUCCAAGGAAGACUUUUUUC